AAAAAUAAUUUUUAAGCUCAUAACGCAAAAAUGUAGCGUAUAUGUUAAAAAUAUAAGAAAAACGGUCAAUAUGUUUGCAACAACGUGAGAUAACGGAGAGAACGAUUGCUGAUACGAAGACGCUGAGAGGGGAGCAAAACGGUAUGGACGUCGACCCGCGGGGUCGUCCGUCUCUUUCGUCUUCUUCUGUUUAUCGUUCUUGCCGCCGAGAAGAAUCGACAGUGGUUCGCGAAGUGCGUUGCGAAGCGAUUGGAAUUGAUGAGGCGAGCGGACCGAGCGGCGAGUAUGACCCUUCGAGGGUCCAGGAGAGACUCGGACGUCGUCCUGUCUAACUUCGGUCAUAUUAAGGAACACCUCUUCAAAUUCCUCGUCAUCGGCGAUUACGGAGUCGGCAAAACUGCGCUGGUCAGAAGAUAUACGGAAGGGAAGUUCUCCUCGAAUUACAAGAUUACCAUAGGCGCCGAUUUUGCGAUAAAAACGCUCGAUUGGGAUCCGCAAACUAAAAUAAACUUGCAGCUAUGGGACAUUGCCGGUCACGAGCGAUUCGGAUACAUGACGAGGGUUUAUUAUAAAUACGCGGUAGCCGCGGCUCUCGUAUUCGACAUCUCACGCGCGGCGACCUUCCAAUCGAUGAAGAAGUGGCUGAACGAUCUCAGAGAGAAGGUCACGCUGCCAGACGGCUCGAGCAUCCCGAUCGUGCUCCUGGCGAACAAAUGCGACAUAUCAGUCGCCGUCACCGACGAGCAGAUCUCCAAAUUCUGCAGGGAGAACAAGAUACACGCCUGGUACGCGACUUCCGCAAAGAACAACACUAACGUCGAUGCAGCGGUACGCUAUUUGGUGGACAAGGUGCUGAGUGCGAGAAUCGAUAACGGUAUACGGGACUCGAUCCGAUUACGCGAGAACUCGUUGAAUCGUGAAAAAUCUACUUGCUGCAAGUAGAACGAUGUGCCAGCAUGACUGAUCAUUUUUAAAUCGUCGAGGGUGUACAUACACGUCGAUCAACGUGAACGAGAUGCGUUUAGAACAGAUAAUCGAGAGAUUAUCGAAGACGAUUGUCGUAUAAUGGGAAAACAAAGCUAAGAAAAUAUAUCGUUAAAUUAAAAGAUUUACACGUCGUCAUAAUAUAAAUUUGUUUUACGCGAUAACCAUUAUCAUUACUGGCCGUUAUCAUUUAUUAGCCGCGUAUAUAGUGUUCUUUUUAUAAAUUUACAUAUUAGAUAUUACAUAAUGAAUUACACGUAAAAACAAUAACUAUGACGAUUUAUUAUGAUUAUAUCCCUUUAAUUAAAUCUGAAAUAACUUUUAAUUAAAAGUAAUUGGCGAUAAAAAAUUUUGCAGUUUUCGAAAUUCAAUAGAAAUGAAAUAUGUCGUUAUCAAUGUAAAUUAUAUAUCUCGUGUUCUCUUUAUAAAUGUACAUAUCGUAUAAUAA